AUGGAUAAAGACAAGUACGAAAUAGUUUUCAUCAAUGAUUACGCAACCGCCCUUUUAACCGCAGCUUUUGAUGCGGUUUCCGCCUACGAGAAUCUGUCUGCGAAACGUUUGGACGCGGCGGAAGUACUAAACCGUUAUCCCACCAAACCUUCAAAGCGCACCUGUUUUGUAUUCUGUCGCUUUGAGGGUGAAUGUUUUGAACAUUUACGAUCGCUGGGUGCGGCCAUUUACGGCCCACAGAUUAUUUUGCACUAUAUUCGAGAAAAUCAACCUUUGCCACGGGUAUCCCAUCCGCUUUACUCAACUGCGCUGAUGCGUGCCGUGGCCACGGUCACUUCGGUGACCGGAUCCGAACGAGAAUAUCUACUGAGUUCUAUUCAAAUGCUACACGGUCAAGCGUCUCGCGAUCUGUUCGAUGGAGUGAAUGUGGUCAUCACACCGAAAGUGGGAUCGAAGAAAUAUUUGGUCGGUUCCAGUCGUGGUGUGAAUAUGCUGCUGCCGAGCUGGAUCACCGAAGCGUGGAAACUAUCUGCCAUCCAAGAUCCGAUCGAUAUGAUGCUACCGACGUUCAUGGAUCGCUUUCGUGUUCCAAUAUUCGCUCAACUGGUGAUCUGUGUUUCCGGUUUAUCGGCUGAGGAACGUAAAGAAGUAUCCGAUCUGGUUGUUAAACACGGAGGACGGUACUCAGGGAUGAUGAAAAUCGGUGAGACCACCCAUCUCAUCAUCAAACAUCCAUCCGGAUUGAAAUAUGCCCACGCAAAGAAGUGGAAAAUACAAAUUGUCAGUGUGAACUGGUUAACGGAUUCGGUGAGUAAAGGGUACGCGCUUGAUGAGAUGGACUAUCGGGUACCGGAAACCCACGAGAAUUCGUCCACUCCGUUGUGCGAGAACAAUCGACGAUCAUUGUCGUUUGAUAAUCUAUCCAUGAUCAGUCAUGCGAUUAACAGUACGACAAGAAUCGAUGAGACCCGUUCAGACGCUCGUUCGGUAGACAGUUUCAUACAUAGACAAUCCACCGCUCCAGUUGAGCGCCCCAUUCUUGCCGAUUGUUUGAUUCAGUUGAUUGAGUGUACGCGUGAGGAACAUACCAAGUUUUCGUCCCUAGUGAAAGAACUUGGUGGUCGGUUGUGUACCGACUUGCAAGAUCGUGUUACUGAACCAUUAACUCACGCUGUGGUCGGAUCAUCAAAUAGCACCAAAUUGAAUGCGGCCACAAUGGAAAAAGAUGUGUUCUAUGUGAAAGGUUCGUGGUUAAUUGCUUGUCAAGAAGCCCACAAACGUGUAUCCGAGACGGAACAUCUUGCCAACUCACCGGAAUCGGAUGAGACUGAGGAGCAAACUUUAGCUGCGGAUGGUGAAUUGGAUGACCGUUCCAAACAAACUAUGGAUACGGAAGAUUUGCAACUGAUUAAUCAAUAUUUUGGUGCUGGAGGUUUGGCCGAUAUGGAUGAUUUUAAUCGGGAAAAUACUGUACGACAACAGAACGUAACCAAAGCAGGAACGCAAGUGGCUUCGGAAACCCGUCAGCUUUGUGAGGCUCUUGUCUCGGACAUGGAUGCUACCGUACAAGUUCGAACAGGCUGCUUCUCUGGAUAUGUCUUUUAUCUUCACGAUCAAGUCCCGUCAUCCGAUCGAAUGGAAGUAAUAGAGAGCAUUCGUGAUGCCGGUGGUCAAAUCACAGACAGUUCACUUGUUGCCAGCUUCAUUGUGGCACCGUUUUUCAUUCAAAAUAAACCACCCAGCUCUGCGGAAUGCACACUCGUUACUGUAAACUGGAUUGGACAUUGUAUUGCCGCUUCAUCGAUUUGUUGGGAUGAUUUGAAAUGUGAAAAAGCUUUUACACCGUUGGUUCGUUCGGCCUCGCUACCACUCGACGGUUGUGUGAUCUCGUUGAGCGGAUUUGUCGGUCGAGAUCGCACUCUUCUCACACGCUACUCGCAAGCACUAGGGGCAGUUGUGCAGGACUAUUUCCUGUGCAAAGCAAUCCCAUCUCGCAAUUUAGCCGCGAGCACACAUCUCGUGGCCGCCAAACUCGAGGGGCGCAAAUGUCCAGCAGCAAAGCAAUGGGGCUUGCCGGUGGUCAAUCGAAACUGGCUCUAUGCAUGUGCGGAUCAAUGGAAGUUGGUUGAUACCGCAGCCUAUCCAGUUACUGAUCCAAACGCACCACCAGAAACAUGCGUUACGAAUAAGGUGAGCUCAACAACUGUGGCUCCGAAAGAUCGCCGUCUGACCGAAAUUCAACAAAACGCUCAGCUCCCAACCACCGCAUCCAUAAAUUCCAUGAAAUCAACCCCGCCCAUAAAAAUGUCCACUCCGACCAUCCAAGUCCCGGCUUCUUCCAAAUCAGCCGCGGAAACGCUUUGUACGCCAGAUUGGGUUCACAAUCACUCUGAUCGUACCACAGAUGUCAGUACCAGUUUGAGGGAUUCGUUUGGUCAACCAUGCAGACCAUCUCCUCCACUGUCGGAACAAGUGGCUCGAUGUCUUAAGAAAGCGGUGGUGCGUACAGCUGCUUUGCCUAAACGAAAAUUGGAUUUGUCCGGUGAGUUCCGAUUCGGGCGUAACCGGUUCAAUGUUCCUGUUUGUUUGCAACAGUGUUGGUUCUGA